CGCAUUAGAACGGCACCUGAAUAAUGGUGAAUCACCUAGAAGGAGCCAUGGGUGCGGUGGUGGUGGAUGCGAUGAGCCUUCUCCUUCUCCCUCGAAGCUUCGCCGUUUCCCCCUCCUCCUCCUCCUCCUCCUCCUCCCCUUCCUCCUCGCACCUCCGAUUCCUCUCCACGAAUUGCCUCGCUCCUCAUCUUAGGGCACCAUUUCUCAGGUUGAGGAUAUCUAAUGGGGGGAGGGCGAUUAGAAGCGUGGUGUGUACGAGUGUGUCGAAUUCCUCGGAGAAUUACAACGCCGAUAGCAGCAAAUCGCCCUCGCAGGAAGCAGCUUUUGAUAUAAAGCUUCCCAGAAGAAGUUUGAUGGUUCAGUUCACAUGCGAUUCUUGUGGUGAAAGAACUAAGCGCUUGAUAAACCGAGUGGCCUAUGAAAAGGGAACUGUGUUUAUCCAGUGUGCAGGCUGUCUUGUCUAUCACAAGUUUGUUGACAACCUUGGGCUAGUUGUUGAGUACGAUCUGCGUGAGGAACAUCAUGUGGAUUCUGAUGGCACAGAUUGAUAUGGGCCUUGACAAACUAUUUGUCUGUUUUAUGCACAAUAUAUUUCCUUUCAGUAAAAUACAAAACUGCUUUUCUACACGCUUUAUUGCUUAUAUUCUCCGAAGGAUAAAAGUUGGGAAGAUGGAAUGCAGUUUUAGAGCAUAUUCUUAGAAUUUUUUUCAGUGAGCAACUCUGUUUGGAAGGCCCACAAGGGGGUAAGUAAGCUUUGGAAGGCCCACGAGGGGGAAAGUAAGCCAUGCCACCAGCAAACAGCAAGACGGUAUAUCGUUAUGUUCUGCAAAUUUCAACUGUUUCAUUUGAAUUAUUACUCAAACAUCUGGAGAAUAUAAUAUACCCUUCUUUUCAAUGUUUCUAGUGUAGAUUUUUUCUCUCUUUAACGUCUUUGUAUCCUCAGACUUUGGCUUUCUAAAUUUCAUUUUUAUCUGGCAGUAUAUCACUCAUCA